AUGAGUCGUUAGGCAUACCAAGAUUAGUAAGGGUAAUUUGGAGGAAAUGCAAACUUCUAAAAGUAGCAAGAUUAUUAAGAAAAUCCUGCUAGAUUUACUGGUUCAUCAAAUUAAUAAACCAUCCCAAAAAAUAAUAAUCUUGGAGGACCAAGAGCUAAUUAGGGCCAAUCUACUGGAAAUUUUGCAAACCAAGAACCAAAUUAUCAAGGAAAUUAUGAAUAUGCUCAAGUUGACUAGUAAAAUGGAAUUCUAAGAUAGAGAAUUCGUGAGUUAGAAGAUCAGUUGCAUCGCUCUAAUUAAGAAAACGAUAAUUUAUAUAAUAGACUUACUCUCACAGAGAAUGAAUUGAGUCGCACUAAAGAAAUUCUCCUUAAAAUGGGCGAUACUGCAGGCUGGAAAGGAGCUUAAGUGAAUGAUUUAAACAACCGCUAUCAUGAGUUAGCUUCUGGCCACAAUUAAUUCCUUGAAAAUGCUAGAAGUCAUACAUACACUGUUCAACGUGAAUUGGAGCAUAAAGACAAUGAAAUUAAAAGAUUAAAAAAUCUUCUUGAUGAAAGAAAUGAUAAGUUAAAAGUUGUAACAGUUACUCAAGAGAAAAAUUUUGAUCGUUGCUUGACCCUAGAUAAAGAAAUUUAAAACCUUUAAGAAGAAAAUUAAAAAUUACGUAGAGACCUUUAACAGAAAUCUCAUGAACUUGAUAUGUCCAAGCUUUCUCAUAAGGCAGAAGGAACCUUUAUGGUUGAAGUAGAGCACUUGAGAGGUGAUGUGCAAAGGCUCCUUGAUAUGUUGCGUAACACUGAGGAAUAUAAGGAAUUUGCAGAUAUUGCUGACGAUUCUAGCCACUCAAUUCGUUACUUAAAAGAUAUCAAAGCUCGUACUUAUGUUGAUGCAAAAUGUCAUACUCAUUGCAAAUUUAUAAGACCUUGUUAAUGCCCCAAAACAGGAGAAAAUUAAUGGGUUGAAGAUGAAAAGCUGUUAUGGGUACCUGAAGAAGCUUUUAGAUUUGCACAUGAAUUUAGAUUAAAAUACAAUGGGGAAUUAACUGACACAUUAAUUGAGUAGCUACUCUUCGAAUUAAAUAAAAUUUGGUCAAAAAGAGAGUAGAGAUUGCUUAAGCGUGUGAAGGGAAGUGCAGCUAGUGAAACUGCUAGUUUAAGAAGAUAAUUGGCAUUUAACCCUACUUAUGAUGAACAUUAAGCUAAAGUAACUAUUUAAAGAUUGCAAAACUAACUUAAGCAGGCAUAUAAAGAGAACAGAGAAGCUUUUGCUUAAAGAGAAAGGAGAAAUCCUCCUGGUACUCACUAUGUUAAUGAAACCUUAAAAAUUAACAAAGAAUUGCAUAAAAGUAAAAAGAGAAGCGAAUAAUAAAAUGAUGUCUUAAAGAAAAAGGUUGCAAAUAUGGAACUACACAAGUAUGGCGAUCAUGCCUAAAAAGCUAUCUUUAUGGAGGGAGCAUAAUGGAUGACUAAUAAAAUACUGUCUGAAAUUGAUGGUUUAUAAUAAAAUAUUAACAGUCAUGCAAAAUAAUUCCAUGAAAAAUAAGAAUAGCUACUAUUUAACAACGAAAAGGAUGCUAGCUCUUCCUUCGGUCCUGGUUAGUUAUCAGUACCUGAUCCUAAUUUAAUUUUAAGAAAAUGCGAUUGGUUCCUUGAGAAUGUUGAUUAAGAUAUCUAUACAUUUAAGAGUAAAGUACAAUAGUUAAAUAGACAUUCUGAGAAGGACAUGAUUGAUGCUAACUAGGCAGUUAAAACAAUUUAGAAAUCAAAAACAGCCAUUAUCGGUACUUUUUGA